AUGUCAGCAAUAGAAUCAGAAAUAACAACACCAGUACAAACUCUUGAUGCAAUAGAAAAUCAGAUGGGCUAUACCAAUAACAUGGAGACACCACUAAAAGAUCAACAAAAAGGUAUUGCUGUUGCAAAGGGAGGCUUAGCAGCUGUAGCAGUUGCUGGUGCUGUAUUGUCUGCUUCCCCUUUAUUUCCGUUUGGAUAUAGUCUGUUGCUUCUAAGUGGUGUUGGAGGUGUUGUAAUGUCGGUGGUCGAUUUCAUCAAUAAAUAA